AUGACUGUGCUGAUGAAGAGCGCGGCGGAGCUGAAGAAGAAGUUUCUGGAGACAGACUCCAAGGUGGAUCAGGUCAUUAGCGCAGAAGCCUCUGCAGCUGAGAGGAUGAAGCAGAUGAAGCUCACGGUAGACGAGAAAGAAACCACGUACGAAGCCGCCAAGCGACGUGUGGAGCAGAUUUAUGAAGAACUUCGCGCUGGUGUUAAACAAAAAGCGGAAGUGAAACGCCUCAAAAGGGCCUUGCAAGCUGCCAAGAAGCACCAGGAGCAGGCUGUGUCUUUACUCUCCGAGAAGUUGAAGGAGUAG